GAGAGAGGUUGCCUUCAGUCCCCCCACCACAGCAAGCCCCUGCUGCGUGUGGCCAGCAGGAACGGCUGUACCAGCUGGAUUCACACUGGUUCCUUUGUCCUGCAGAAUAACGACUUCCUCAGGAACACCGUCCACCGCCAUGAGCCACCAGUCACUGCUCAGCCCAUCCAGAUCCUGGCGGAGGACCAGGAGGUGGUGGUGGUGGACAAACCCUCCUCCCUGCCCGUGCACCCCUGCGGCAGGUUCCGUCACAACACGGUCAUCUUCAUCCUGGGCAAGGAGCACGGGCUGCAGGAGCUGCACACCAUCCACCGCCUGGACCGCAUGACCUCGGGGGUGCUCAUGUUUGCCAAGACUGUGGAGGUGUCCAAGAGGAUUGAUGAGCAGGUUCGCGAGAGGCAGCUGGAGAAGGAAUACGUCUGCCGUGUGGUGGGGGAGUUCCCAGAGCAUGAAGUGGUCUGUGAGGAGCCCAUCCUGGUGGUUUCUUACAAAGUGGGAGUCUGUCGUGUGGAUCCCAAAGGGAAGUUCUGCAAAACCAUCUUCCAGAGGCUCAGUUACAAUGGGAAGAGCAGCGUGGUCAAGUGCCUGCCCCACACCGGCCGCACGCACCAGAUCCGGGUCCAUUUGCAGUUCUUGGGGCACCCUAUAGUCAACGACCCCAUCUACAACAUGGAAGCCUGGGGCCCUGACAGGGGGAAGGGGGGCAAGAUAGAUAAAACAGAUGAAGAGCUCCUCAAGGCACUAGUAGAGGAGCAUCGUUCCAAACAGAGCCUGGAUAUCCUGGGUAUUAUGGAGGAGGACUUGAACUCCAGCGCUGAAGGUAAAGACUGCGGUGAUUCAAGUGACUGCACAAAGCCUGUGCAGGCAGAUGCCAGCAGUGAGAAUUCCUGCCCUGCUGAAGAUGCUCAGGAUCCCGGGAGGGACAGUCAGGAUCCUGGGAGAAAUGACACAGCAGCUUGUCCACUGAACUCUGCUGCCAGUUCAGGAGAGAAGGACCCUUUGUGUGUGGAAUGUAGGAUGAUAAGGCGGGACCCAUCUCCCAAGGAGCUGGUGAUGUACCUGCAUGCCCUGCGCUACAAGGGCACGGGGUUUGAAUACUGCUCCAGGAUGCCCGAGUGGGCAGCGGAAGACUGGGAGGAAUGA